AUGCUGGAGGCCAUGAUCCUUUUGCCCUUAUUAGCGAUUAUAAUAUUGGUGCCCAUGACACCUACUGUCAUGGUCCUGUGGAUAUUAUUGCGAUUGAUUGGCUUUUUCCUUCCGCUUACUGCUUAUCACACCUUUGAUGAUAAGCUCUUCUCAUGGUACCAGCGAUGUGUUUUACUUUUUUUCGAAGCUUUUGUGACGCGGAAAAUCUACUUCUAUGGAGAUCAUGAUUUUACCAAACGCAAGGAAAACGUACUUUUUAUGUGUAAUCAUCAAUCGACAGUUGAUUGGAUUAUUUGUAAUAUGGUAAUCGCCAGGCAGGGUGGGAUUGGUCGUCUCCGGUACAUUCUAUUGAACAUAUUCAAAUACAUUCCACUCUUUGGAUAUUACGUCUACCAGCACUGCUUCAUUUUCGUAAACCGCGAUAAUUUUGAGGCACACAAGGCUGUUGCAACAAUGGAUUAUGUGACAAAGAACGGUCUCUCAUGUUGGAUUGUUGCCUUUCCGGAAGUUGAUCGUUUCAACCCGAAGAAACCGAAGGUCAUAGAAGAGAGUCGCGCCUUCGCUAAAUCGAAAAACCUCCUUCCUCUCCAGUACCACCUUACUCCGCGUGUCCGUGGCAUGGAGCUGCUUUUGAAAAACAUGAGUUCACAUCUUCACGCCGUGUACGAUGUGACAGUAAUCUUUGCCGACGAAAAUGGCAGUUGCUUGGAUAAGGGCAAGCCCAUACCCGGUCUAUUCUCCUAUUUGAUGAGACCUCGCACGCUACAUAUUCAUCUCCAACGUUGCCCUAUCGCCGACGUUCCUCAGGACCACGAUGCUCUCCGUGCCUGGCUCUACUCUCGUUUCGCUCUCAAAGAUAAAUUGUUUGCUGACCUCGAAGAAAUAAAGAAAAACAAGGCAAGACAGCCGAACGUGGAUGAAGUGAAGGCUGCUUUCCUAAGAAACCUUUCCGUGAGUAAGGUACCGAAUGGCUUUGACGAGCUCCCUCGUUUGCGACGUCGUUGGCUCUUUACCGCCUUCAUCUGCUUAGCCUCAGUCACUGCCUUACUGCUCUUUGUCCAUCCCUGGCUACGAUAUGCCUAUUUCGGCAGCGUGAUUGGCACCACCCUAUUCGGGGUUCCCUAUGUCUGGCUAACCGUCUAG